CAUGGAUGAAGAUUUGCAAAUUCUGAUUCAAUAAUGAACCCAUUUCACUGAAAGUCACACUGCUCACUGGAAGCUCAGCUUGAUUCUUAUUCAAAGUUUUGCAAAGCAUGUGUAACUAAGGGGUGUGGAGCUGUGAUAAAGCUCUACAAUCAUCAAACUUCUGUCUAAAGGAACUGGACCUGAGUAACAAUAACUUCAGGAUUCAGGAGUGAAGCUGCUUCCUAAGAAGCUGCCAACCAGAGAAGCUGAGUCUGGAACAUGGAACACAGCGGAGAGAACAUGAGUAGAGAAGAACUCCUUAAAUAUUUCUGUGAUCUGACACUGGAUGCAAACACGGCACACAAUCUCCUGUCUGUCGCAGACGGCAACAAAAAGUUGGUGCGUAAUCCAGAUCCAAUGAUAUAUCCUGAUAAUCCAGAGAGAUUUGACGGCCUUCCGCAGGUUCUGUGUAAAGAGCGUCUGUCUGGACGCUGUUACUGGGAGGCUGAAUGGAGCGGGUUGGGUGAUAUGGUCGUGUCAUAUGAAGGAAUCGGCAGGAAAGGAGAAGGUUGUGAAAGCAGGUUCGGAGCCAAUGACAAAUCCUGGAUUCUGAGCUGCUUCGGGGAGAAACUGAUUGCCUGGCAUGAUAAUGUGGGAGCACACAUUCCUCCCCCAGCACCUCCCCUAAACAAAGUAGGAGUGUAUGUGGAUGAGCCGGCCGGGAUUCUGUCCUUCUACAGCAUCUCUGACACAAACACACUCAGACAUUUAUACACAUUCAACACCAAAUUCACUGAACCCCUCUUUGCUGGAUUUGUGCUGUAUACUAAUUCAGUGUCUCUCUGUGAUGUUAAAAAAACAGGAUGAGUAUUUCAAUUCACUACAGGAUCUACAGUGGCCCCAAAAACAUUUGCACUAGUUUUGACACAACUAAUAAUAUCAAAACAAGUGCCUUUAUUUUAUAGCACAAGUACACUUUUCAAUAAAACAUCUAAACAAAUUGCAGUUUAUUUCUAGUUGUUUGUGAAAUGUACUAUUUGUUAUUGUUGCUCUGAAGCUGGCUGUAUAAGCUGCUUCUGGGGGAAGUUUUUUUCCUUAAUGUUUUCUUUGCUUGUUUAUGAUUAUGAUUCAAUAACAGCAUUUGUUUUUCAUAUAUGUUUUACCAUUUGUAAAUUUUAAUAACAGUAGUUGUAAAAAAACACCCGUUGUGUCUUCAUUCAAAUGUAAAUCGCAGAUCACAUUUAGUGUAUCGAUCAUUAAAGUUAAAUAUUGAAAAGCUCUCACACAAUAUUUCGCCUGCUGUUUAAUUCAUUAGUUAAUUUCUUGAGUAGAUAGGCCUAGUUUUCAUGAGAAAGACAGUUUACCUUUUGGUAAAUUCUCUGGAUAAAUGACCAAGUGCGCGCUUCAGGUGUUGUGCUGUAAUACCA